AUGACGGUGGGUGAUGAAUUAAGACUGCCUACUAUAUUACUUGUGAUGACUAGUGGUUGUUGUACCGAAAGCUAUGUGAAUGAACAGGCAAUUGAUACCAAACUUGCCCACACUUCACAGAAAACGCUGAAUGUCAAUAUAUCUGGGGAAGAUGUAGCUCCAAAAAACAAAUUUCAAAGAACACUAGUUGGACCUUUUCCAUACCAAGUCCCUUGCCAAAUUUAUGCACUCAUCCAGCAUUUUACUGAUGCCUACAGUAUUUCCUGGGGCACACAAGUACAAAAAGAUUUAAAAGCUCAAAACCUUGCACACAAUUAUAAAAAUUUUAGUUUUUAA